AUGAAAGAACCUGAAUCAGAAAUUAGUAAUUUGAAACCAUCUGAAUCAGGAAUUAUUAAUGUAAAAAAUUCUGAAUCAGAAACCAUUAAUGUAAAGGUGCCUAAUACAGUUUUUAUUACAUUGGUAUGCUAUGAUCGGUUUGAAAAAUCACAUAAAAAACUGGACUGGGCAUUAGCAAUUUUAUAUGAUUUUGACAAGAUCAAAAACUUCAGAAACAUUGAAGAAGAAAUCUUAUCUCGCACACUUCCCGAACAAUGGGGAAAAAUUGAAUUGACAGAUCAUUAUGAUUUGAAAGCUGAUGGUGCUAUUGCUGCAUUCAUUGCUGAAAUAAAAUAUAGAAAAAGCAUUCAGUUAU